AUGCUUAAAGUAUUUCAAACAUCAGAAGACUUGGAAGAAGCUGAAUUACUUACAAAUGAUUCAGUGUACUUAUUACCUAUACAUUACUCUAUUAGACAUGAACGUUUGGGUAUUUUCCCAGAAGCUAAAUGUACCGUAUUGGGAUAUCCAGUAGAAACACCAUUUAUCUGGAUGGUAAUUCGGCGCAACAAGUUUACCAGGGCACACGUGUUCGCUGGUAGCCGUACGCAGCAUUUUCUUGCCGUAAACGAUAUCGAUACGUUUUUGACUCAUGCUAUGCCGUACCUUCUUGAACUUGAUCAGUUUGCUGCUCGAAUACUUGGCAUUCAUUUGAGCAGUCGAAUGUCAGAAGUACUUUCAACUCAUUUUGAUUUUUCGGCUGCUAGUUACUUGUCUAAUUUUUUUAUUGUUGAAAAACACAAGCAGAAGCAAGUGGUUGAAAUGAAUAUCAAACUUGCUGAGGGUUAUUCAUUUGUUGAACUUGACCCCGAGCGCGAUGCUGACAUAGUAGCAACGUGUUGGAAGUUUUCAACAUUUGGUGAACGUGACCAAUUCAAAGCGAAAAUUCGGCGCUUACCAUCGGUUGGUGUUCAAAGCGAUGAUGGAAGAUUAGCAUCAUUUACUGUAUUAGAUGCUUCUGGAUUCUUCAAUAAUCAAUAUACAUUUGUAGAACAUCGUCAACGUGGACUAGCUGAUCGAAGCGAACUGAAAUUAUGCCAGAAAGUCAUUUUAUUUGGGUUGUGCCCUAUGAAAUUUGUUGAACAUGAUAAUACUGCUGUUCUUGACCGUUCUAGCCGAUCUCAAUGGUGGAGUACAGUAAGCGAUGAGACAGGAAAUCCAAUCAUCAAUGUCCAUCGUAUUGUUUACCGAAAAAAUGGCAUUCCAUUGAUCGUUUAA